AUGUCCGACGAAGAAGACGACUAUUUCUCCGACAAGUUCCUCAUUCCCGAGGCUCCCGCCUCUAGAUCUGCUGGUCCAAAGACCUACAGCCAACGCCGGCGCGAUGCGCAACUCAAACAGGCGGAGGCUUCUCGAAUCAAGUCGCGACGCGAGCGCGAGGAAGAAGCGCGUCGCAUGGGCCUUGAGACGAGUCUUAUCGAGCGCGCUAUGCAGGGCAAGGCCGGCAAGGAUGACAAUGGAAGUGGGAACGGGGUGGGAAAUGGAAAGAAAGAGGCGGAUAAUGGCGGAGGGGAAGGAGAAGGAGAGGGCAGCAAGGCGCUGAGCAUGAUGAUGAAAAUGGGCUUCAAACCUGGACAGGCUCUCGGUGCUCCAGCAGCAGCCGAGAAGAAAGUUGAAAGCGUUGACGAAGGAGAGGGUGGGGAAAGCAGAGGAAGGAAAGAGAAGGGGCACAUAACAGAGCCGCUGCCACUACAAGAAUGGAUGGGCAGGAAGGGUAUUGGCGUGCUCAAACGUCCUCGCGCACUCUCGCCUUCUGAAAUCGAACGCCUUGCCAAGGUGGCGCGCACUAAAGAAGACGAUACCCGUGCUAACUUUCGCGAACGGUACGAAGACCGUCGCACAGAGGGUCAGCUCGCUUCUGCGAGUCGCACAUGUGUAACGCUCGACGAACGCGCCGGAGUUCAGUUCAACGUCCUCACCCUGGACCCCACCGAUCCAGAGACCAUUCCGAAUGCACUCAUUGAAGCGCUUGAAGAGUGGUUCCUUACACAUACAGUCUCACCGUCGGCGGCUCCUGGACUCGCGGCUGUACCUGACGCCGAAAGGCUCCGCAAGCAGAUGGAGGCUGACGCCCUCGCCCCGCUUGAUGAGAAUCACGGUCUUGACGAUGGUCUAGACGCGGAGGAUGAUGGAGAUGAUGGCCAGGGCGGCAUCGCUGCGCGGGGCGUGCUGAAAGGAGAUGCACAAGUCGCACAUGAAGAAAAGAAGGAAGCCGAAAAAGAAGCUGGCGAGGUGUUCAGCCAGGAGACUGUCGCACAGGCCGCACAUUUUCUAGGAUUAGGGCCACGCGACCGCCUUCGUGAACUGCUCGCUUACCUCCGCGACCGCUACUCGUACUGCCUGUGGUGCGGUACUGAGUACGAUGGUUCCGAGGACCUCGCUGCCAACUGCCCCGGGCCGACCGAGGAGGAGCACGACUGAAUUCUGGAACUUCACUACGCCGCCGCCACGAAAAUUCGGUUGCCCGCACCCCAGCGGCCGUGCACGGAGAGACACAGGGAUCUUGUCUGGUGUGCUCGCUCCGGCUGUCACGGAGGGUGGACGGCGCUAGCAACCUGCAACCUAACGCCAUUAGCCUCAUCGAGGCGACUCCGCUCAUUACGGAAUGUGCAGAAGGCGUCAACACCACACGGGUGGUACUGUAGCGAUGGUGCUACGGUGGCGCUGCCACGGCCAGGAGUCCGGAUGAAAAGAAACCCUUUGAGUGAUGCGGAUCAGAUUACGUGCUGACGAGUGGGAAGGGUUGCGGAAGCCCAAGGGUCGAGAGCUACCUAGAGCUACUGUAUGUAACCGACCUAGCUUAUCAUCCUCGAGGGGCAAGCGACUGAGACGCGACGAUUCAUUUAUAUG